AUGUCACGUUUUCUUCUGGGUUUACUGGUAAUGUUUCUGACUGUAGCUUCAUUUCUUACUGGAAGGUACUAUGAAAAAUUAGAGCCUGAUGGCUUCCUUCAUCUCGCUAGCAAGUCGAAGACGUUUGUGUACAAUCAAACUUAUGGCGAGAAGCCAUCUAAUCAGACAGACGCUGCAUGGGACUCUCUGUUUCCUUCUCAAGGAGGAUACUUCCAGCAUCCUACGCUUGCACCUCACCGCUCUGCGCUCUCUGUGUUUCAUCAAUUGCAUUGCCUGAACGGUCUUCGUAACACAUAUUGGUUACUGUUCUCAGCUGCAACAACCGGGCCUACUAUUCUUGAAGAUGAAAUCCCAAUGAUGGCUUCUCCCCCACAUAUUAGACAUUGUAUCGAUCUACUUCGACAAAGCCUCAUGUGCCAACCCGAUCUCGCCAUCGAAGAGAAGGAUCAAGAGAGAGGAGGGGUGUCUGGAUUUGGUGUCGAACACAAGUGCAAGGACUGGGGCCAGGUCACACAAUGGGUUGAAAAGUGGCAGGGCUAUAAAAUAGAGGAAGAGAGAGAGAAAGUAAAAGCUCACGGUGCAACGGAUCACCACGAGCACCAUUAA